UGGUGAUGCGCAUUCGCACUGGGAUAAGCAGAAGCACUGGGAUUCUAGCAGAAUAAAAUAUCCAGUCAGACGCUUAGAGAUAAUUGGACAAAUAAUUUAUUUUGAAUGCUACUGUAUAUUUUUUUGACAGUAAAAUAAUAGGCACAGACGCCCGUUUAGCAGCAAAGCUCGGGAUUUUUGUGAGAGUUCAGUGUUAGCGCGUGAGCUGUAGCUUCUCAUCCCAGCGCAGAAAGGUGAGGUAAUGGAGGCAUCUGAGGAAUGUCCCCCAGACUCAGCGCAUCAGGAGGUGAACCCGGUGUUCCUCCAGCAGCUCAGAGAACUGGACAUCCCUGAGGAGGCAGCCAGACAGGCACUCCUACACACAAGGAAUGUGUCUGCUGAGGAGGCGGCAAUGUACUACUUUAACAAACUGGAAAAUGAGGAAGAAGGGGAGGAAGAUAUGAUGUUCAAGAUGGUCUUUGUUGUGAACAUGGAACUGUCAAUGGGAGUGGGGAAGGUGGCAGCGCAGGUGGGUCAUGCGGCCGUGGCUCUCUACCAGGCCAUGCAGGAGAAGAAUACUUGGAGAGAGAUGGCCUGGAAAUGGGACCAUGCUGGAGCUAAGAAGAUCGUGCUACAGGGCACAAACACAGCACACCUUCUGGAGUUGCAGGCUCUAGCUAUGAGUCUGAGUCUUCCUACAAAACUCAUACAGGAUGCCGGACUCACACAGGUGGAGCCAGGCUCUAGCACUGUGCUGGCCAUCAUGGGAGAGGAAGACAUGGUCAAUAAUGUUACAGGCAGCCUGAAACUGCUUUGAGCACUGAAAAGAAGCAGCAGUGGAAAUCCAGAUGUACAAGAUGCCACUGUGUCCACAGGGGGGCAGAACAGUCCCACAGCAGCAAGGCUCGCUGCAUGAAAAAAAAAAAACACCAUCAUCUAUGGCAUUCACAUACUUCUUCUGACGCUCACGCUCACACACACAAAUAAAAUAACAGUAAUCUGAAAUAGGAGAAAGGCUGCGCAUGUGGGUGGGUGCCUGGAUGUGUCAGUGCUGGUGGGUUUAAUAUUUACUGUGUAUCUGCAUUCAUUAAGUUAAUGUAAAGAUCUUGGAUUCUUUGAAUAAAAUGUGAAAAUGUAUGACGCCACAUUGAACAUAAUUGAUCAAAUGGGUAGAAGAUGCCAACUUGUAUGAAUAAAUAUAGCCCUUAAGUUAGAACAUAAUGUUUUUUGGUGAUUGUUGGACCAAAUUAUUCUUCUUAAAAGAUUCAAAAGAAUUUGAUCACUACAUGUAAAGCAUCUUUCCCAGAUGUAUGAAGUAUCCUGUAAUGAGUUUACUGAUUAUCUGCAAAUGGACUUCCUUUGUUCUGAGUUGUGAUGUAGAAAUCUGUGUUUGUCUGGAAUUUGUAAUGUAAGGUUGAUAAUACUCUUCCCUACCAAGCCUUGGUACGUAGACAUAACAUAUAAGCAUACUGUUAAAUGUGGGGGGCGCCGGGGUGGAAAUUCUUAAAGCCAUACCUUUAUUGUGGAGUGCCAUUGUUAAAAAUUUCUGUCACUUGACUGUUAUUUAUUUUUAUGCAUCUAAUCGUUAAGCGCACUCGAUAUUGACUGUCAGUUCUAGGACUAAGGAGGUUGACUAUUUGCAAUAAUAUGGACAUGCUUUUUGUCUCAAUUAAUGUUUAAAGAUUUGUAUUAAGAUUAUGAAAAAAAAAUCAUUUGUGAAAAUUGCAAAUUAAUAUUGGAUAUGAUGUUGAAUAUUACUAGUGUGUCACAAGCUUUAAAUUUUCUUUACACCAUGCAUUUGCGGCUAAAGAGAUUGAAUUGUUUUGACAUACAGUGCAGUUUAUUGGUCAUAUGCUUUAAGCAAUAAUUAGUA